CGGAGCGGCGGGGGAGAGGGGCCGGGAGGCGGGGGCCGUGCCGCCCGCUCUCCUCUCCCUCGGCGCCGCCGCCGCCGCCGCCGCCGCCGCCGCCCGCGGGGCUGGGACCCGAUGCGGUUGGAGCCGCGGAUCCUGGAGGAGCCCCGAGCGUGUCUGCUUUGGAACAACAAUAUAUAUAAUUCCUUCAAGUAGUUUUAUAUGUAAAACUUGUAAAGGAUCAGAACAAUGCCUCCACGACCAUCAUCAGGUGAACUGUGGGGCAUCCACUUGAUGCCCCCAAGAAUCUUAGUAGAAUGUUUACUGCCAAAUGGAAUGAUAGUGACUUUAGAAUGCCUCCGUGAGGCUACAUUAAUUACUAUAAAGCAUGAACUAUUUAAAGAAGCAAGAAAAUACCCUCUCCAUCAACUUCUUCAAGAUGAAUCUUCUUACAUUUUCGUAAGUGUUACCCAAGAAGCAGAAAGGGAAGAAUUUUUUGAUGAAACAAGGCGCCUUUGUGACCUUCGGCUUUUUCAACCCUUUUUAAAAGUAAUUGAACCAGUAGGCAACCGUGAAGAAAAGAUCCUGAAUCGAGAAAUUGGUUUUGUUAUUGGCAUGCCAGUGUGUGAAUUUGAUAUGGUUAAAGAUCCAGAAGUACAGGACUUCCGAAGAAAUAUUCUGAAUGUUUGUAAAGAAGCUGUGGAUCUUAGAGAUCUGAAUUCACCUCAUAGUAGAGCAAUGUAUGUCUAUCCUCCAAAUGUAGAAUCUUCACCAGAACUGCCAAAGCACAUAUAUAAUAAAUUAGAUAAAGGGCAAAUAAUAGUGGUGAUUUGGGUAAUAGUUUCUCCAAAUAAUGAUAAGCAGAAGUAUACCCUGAAAAUCAACCAUGACUGUGUGCCAGAACAAGUAAUUGCUGAAGCAAUCAGGAAGAAAACCCGGAGCAUGUUGCUAUCCUCUGAACAACUAAAACUAUGUGUUUUAGAAUAUCAGGGCAAGUAUAUUUUAAAAGUGUGUGGAUGUGAUGAAUACUUCUUAGAAAAAUAUCCUCUGAGUCAGUAUAAGUAUAUAAGAAGCUGUAUAAUGCUUGGGAGGAUGCCCAAUUUGAUGCUGAUGGCUAAAGAAAGCCUUUAUUCUCAACUGCCAAUGGACUGUUUUACAAUGCCAUCUUAUUCCAGACGCAUCUCCACUGCUACACCAUAUAUGAAUGGAGAAACAUCUACAAAAUCCCUUUGGGUUAUAAAUAGUGCACUCAGAAUAAAAAUUCUUUGUGCUACCUAUGUGAAUGUAAAUAUUCGAGACAUUGACAAGAUCUAUGUUCGAACAGGUAUCUACCAUGGAGGAGAACCUUUAUGUGACAAUGUGAACACUCAAAGAGUACCUUGUUCCAAUCCCAGGUGGAAUGAAUGGCUGAAUUAUGAUAUAUACAUUCCUGAUCUUCCUCGUGCUGCUCGACUUUGCCUUUCUAUAUGCUCUGUUAAAGGCCGAAAGGGUGCUAAGGAGGAACACUGUCCACUGGCUUGGGGAAAUAUAAACUUGUUUGAUUACACUGACACUCUGGUAUCUGGAAAAAUGGCUCUGAAUCUUUGGCCAGUACCUCAUGGAUUAGAAGAUUUACUGAACCCUAUUGGUGUUACUGGGUCAAAUCCAAAUAAAGAAACUCCAUGCUUAGAGUUGGAGUUUGACUGGUUUAGCAGUGUGGUAAAGUUUCCAGAUAUGUCAGUGAUUGAGGAACAUGCCAAUUGGUCUGUAUCCAGAGAAGCAGGAUUUAGUUAUUCCCAUGCAGGACUGAGUAACAGACUAGCAAGAGACAAUGAAUUAAGAGAAAAUGAUAAAGAACAGCUCCGAGCAAUCUGUACACGCGAUCCUCUAUCUGAAAUCACUGAGCAAGAGAAAGAUUUUCUGUGGAGCCACAGACAUUAUUGUGUAACUAUCCCAGAGAUUCUACCCAAAUUGCUUCUGUCUGUUAAAUGGAAUUCUAGAGAUGAAGUUGCCCAGAUGUACUGCUUGGUAAAAGAUUGGCCUCCAAUAAAACCUGAGCAGGCCAUGGAGCUCCUGGACUGCAACUACCCAGAUCCGAUGGUUCGAGCUUUUGCUGUUCGAUGCUUGGAAAAAUAUUUAACAGAUGACAAACUUUCUCAGUAUCUGAUUCAGCUAGUACAGGUCCUAAAAUAUGAACAGUAUUUGGAUAACCUUCUCGUGAGAUUUUUACUCAAGAAAGCAUUGACUAACCAAAGGAUUGGGCACUUUUUCUUUUGGCAUUUAAAAUCUGAGAUGCACAAUAAAACAGUUAGUCAGAGGUUUGGCCUGCUUUUGGAGUCCUACUGCCGGGCAUGUGGAAUGUAUUUGAAGCACCUGAAUAGGCAAGUUGAGGCUAUGGAAAAGCUCAUUAACUUGACUGACAUUCUCAAACAGGAGAAGAAGGAUGAAACACAAAAGGUACAAAUGAAGUUUUUAGUUGAGCAAAUGAGGCAACCAGAUUUCAUGGAUGCUCUACAGGGCUUUCUGUCUCCUUUAAACCCUGCUCAUCAACUGGGAAAUCUCAGGCUUGAAGAGUGUCGAAUAAUGUCCUCUGCAAAAAGGCCACUGUGGUUGAAUUGGGAGAACCCAGACAUCAUGUCAGAGUUACUGUUUCAGAACAAUGAGAUCAUCUUUAAAAAUGGGGAUGAUUUACGGCAAGAUAUGCUAACACUUCAAAUUAUUCGCAUUAUGGAAAAUAUCUGGCAAAAUCAAGGUCUUGAUCUUCGAAUGUUACCUUAUGGUUGUCUGUCAAUUGGUGACUGUGUGGGACUUAUUGAGGUGGUGAGAAAUUCUCACACUAUCAUGCAGAUUCAGUGCAAAGGUGGCCUGAAAGGUGCACUGCAGUUCAAUAGCCAUACACUGCAUCAGUGGCUCAAAGACAAGAACAAAGGAGAAAUAUAUGAUGCAGCCAUUGACCUGUUCACCCGUUCAUGUGCUGGCUAUUGCGUUGCAACUUUCAUCUUGGGAAUUGGAGAUCGGCACAACAGUAACAUCAUGGUGAAAGAUGAUGGACAACUGUUUCAUAUAGAUUUCGGACACUUUUUGGACCACAAGAAGAAAAAAUUUGGUUAUAAGCGAGAACGUGUACCAUUUGUUCUGACACAGGAUUUCUUAAUAGUGAUUAGUAAAGGAGCCCAAGAAUGCACAAAAACUAGAGAAUUUGAGAGGUUUCAAGAGAUGUGUUACAAGGCUUAUCUAGCUAUUCGGCAGCAUGCCAAUCUCUUCAUAAAUCUUUUCUCAAUGAUGCUUGGCUCUGGAAUGCCAGAACUGCAAUCUUUUGAUGACAUUGCAUAUAUUCGAAAGACCCUAGCCUUAGAUAAAACUGAGCAGGAGGCUUUGGAAUAUUUCAUGAAACAAAUGAACGAUGCACAUCAUGGUGGCUGGACAACAAAAAUGGAUUGGAUCUUCCACACAAUUAAGCAGCAUGCAUUGAACUGAAAUGAUAUCUAAGAAACUGAGAGCUCAAUAUCUGGAUUCUACACCGCACUGUUAAUAACUGUCAGCAGGCAAAGACUGAUUGCAUAGGAAUUGCACAAUCCAUGAACAGCAUUAGAAUUUACAGCAAGAACAGAAAUAAAAUAGUAUAUAAUUUAAAAUAAUGUAAACGCAAACAGGGUUUGAUAGCACUAAACUAGUUCAUUUCAAAAUUAAGCUUUAGAAUAAUGCGCAAUUUCAUGUUAUGCCUUAAGUCCAAAAAGGUAAACUUUGAAGAUUGUUUGUAUCUUUUUUUAAAAACAAAACAAAACAAAAAUCCCCUAAAUAUAUAUAAAUGAUGGAGAAGGAAAAAGAAUGAUGUUCUAUUUGUCUUGCAAAUGCUCUGCGUUUCGACAUGUGGAUACAACUAUAAGGCUGUUAUUGCAUUAGGACUGAGUCAACUGGAGUUUAUGUUGAAUUACAUAGAAUGGAAAAGGAUGACAGUUUCUUAUUUUUCCAUUGCUGUUCAAUUUAUAGUUUGAAGUGGGUUUUUUGACUCCUUGUUUAAUGAAGAAAAGUGCUUGGGGUGGAAGGGACUCUCGAGAUUUCUCCAGAGACUUUUUCUUUUUAAUAAAUCAAACCUUUUGAUGA